AUGGGCCGGCCGCUGGAGGAUGGGGCGCCUGACCUGGCGGGGGACUUCGCGACCAAGGUGUCCGUGAGCGAACGUUCAAGUGCCGCCGGUGGCUUGCCUGGAGAAUUCAUCGCAAAGGUUUCAAGGCGACUGUCGUGCGAUGAGCAGCUGCGGAUGCCGGCGAGCAUGACACGGGCAAAUGAGAACAUAGACAAGGCUGUUCGAGAAGCUCACCUGGCGAACCUGCUCGCCCAUGAUCCCAGCAUUUUUCUGGAGAGAUAUGGGAGAAAGCUGGAGGCAGAGGAACUCUGUCGCUUUGAGGCUCUGAGAGGGGACUACGAGGUCGAUUUUUACCUGAAGCAGUUGCGUCCUCCUGAGAACCCACAGGCAUCCACACUCAAGGCGACAGUGAACAACAGGCGACUUGCAUUCCUGAACAAGGCGCUCAUGAAGGGAGAUUUCUUUUCCGAAGAAUCGAUGAGGGAGCGAGCGCCUCUGCUGUUCCAGGAGCAUCUGGGACACCAUGGGCCCUCACAGCCACAGCCGAAGUUCAGGAAGUUGUCGGAAAUAUUAAUCUCUCACAUGGAUGAGAUGGACACCCAGAUGAGGUUGAAGGAUGAGAUGAUGAGAGAAGGGAAGGGGGCCAGGCAAUACCAUGAGGUGGGAAGAGAUGAGGUACAAGAACAGGGGCAGGAAGAAGAAGAUGUGGAGGAACAGGAAGAAGAAGAGGAGGAAGAGGAACAGGAUGUGGCGAUGGAAGAGGAUGGGAUAUCGGCACCACAAGAUUGCAAAGGACAAGAACCUAAAACUGGCAAUGAAGAUGUGAGUACCAAUGCGAUGGAGACUGAUGAUGACAGACCCCAGGCUUCUGCAUCUGUGGCUGAAGAGCAUCAGAUCAUCCACAGUUGUGCUGCACCAACAGAAGAUGAAGGGAAAGAUCUGGAGGGUGACUUUCUACGGCUGAUGAAGGAAAGGUUUCUGGCCGGUGAGGACUCUGCGUUUAUCAACUAUGCUGCAAUUGAUGGGGACGCCUCAUUGGAUGAUUAUUGGAUGGAUGAGGAGUCCAGGGACCUGGAAGAGAAGUAUUUUUCCUCUGUAUGA